CGUUUUCUGGUGUAUAGUCACAUGGUCUGCCAUUUAUACACAAUUUGAGUGAGGCAAUGUGGAUACUUGAUGGCCACCAUGAUAAACUGGAGGUUAGGGGUUGCCAUAUUCCUGAGUCCUUCAAACUGCUCAAACGCUACAACAAUCCAGAGACCUAGCCAUACAAGACCAAAUCUCUCUGCUGUUCAACUGCACUGUUUGUCAAAGCAACUGAUGGAAAGGUCACAACAGCUGUGGAUGCAGGGUCUCGAAGCCACAAAACUGAGAUGAUAUUAUUACACUUGUCGAAUCCAUGAAGAAGUAUGCUUGUUGUCUUGAUGAACAGAAUGCAGCAGUUUCUGUCAACCACAGCAGAAGCCUGGCUGUGCGUAGCUCUGCCAGUGACUAUGAGAAGCUGGAACUCUUGUCGGCUGUACAAUUUGUCAAGCCAGAGAAGCAAGCUCAGUUUGUGUCUCUUGUAGAGGCUCUUCGAAGUGCAGAGUAUUACUGCCCUGUCUUUGUCAAUGACCAUGAGCCAAGGAAUACACCAUCCAGGAAGGCCUAUUGUCAGCAGCUUCGAUCAUCGCUUCCAUUUCAAGUGGUCUUACUAACAUACUCAACUGGAAACAACUUGGGAGAUUACCUGUAUGCCUGGAGAAUACCUUCUGAUGAAGUUAUGACAACUACUACAAUGAAGAACCAUUCUGUCAUCAGUGAUAUUGAAAGUAAGCUGCCGAUCUAUCACACACGCCAAAUGAGGAAAGACUUUCAAGAGCAUGUUGGAAGACUGUGUAACGUACAACCAGCUGUCAUUAGGUGGAUGUAUCGUUUUCUUACUGGAGACUCAUGUGCUAUAGUUUCUGCAAGGCAGGCAGAUGUUGAUCGUCGUGUUCUCCUUGCCAUUGAUGCUGAAGACGAUAGUCUUUGUGGGAUCUUCGCCAGUUGAAUGAUUAAGGCCAGCUCUGUAUGAACAGUUUUGGGAAGAGUGUGAC